GUUACAGAAAGGAAGAACAGUCAGCGCUUGAGAUUUCACUACCUCCAAAGACACAAUGAGGGAAAUCGUGCAUCUUCAGGCCGGACAGUGCGGUAACCAGAUCGGAGCCAAAUUCUGGGAGGUUAUCAGCGAUGAACACGGCAUUGACCCAACUGGCACGUACCAUGGUGACAGCGACCUCCAGCUGGACAGGAUCAAUGUCUACUAUAACGAGGCAUCAGGUGGCAAAUACGUGCCCCGUGCUGUGUUGGUGGACUUGGAGCCUGGUACUAUGGACUCUGUGAGGUCUGGACCUUUCGGACAGGUCUUCAGACCAGACAACUUUGUCUUUGGUCAGAGUGGUGCUGGAAACAACUGGGCCAAGGGCCACUACACAGAGGGAGCAGAGCUGGUCGACUCAGUGCUCGAUGUGGUGCGCAAGGAGGCUGAGAGCUGCGACUGCCUGCAGGGCUUCCAGCUCACCCACUCCCUGGGUGGAGGCACUGGGUCCGGCAUGGGUACCCUCCUCAUCAGCAAGAUCCGUGAAGAGUAUCCCGACCGCAUCAUGAACACAUUCAGUGUGGUACCCUCACCCAAAGUGUCCGACACAGUCGUAGAGCCCUACAACGCCACCCUGUCUGUGCACCAGCUGGUGGAGAACACAGAUGAGACGUACUGCAUCGACAACGAGGCUCUGUACGACAUCUGCUUCCGCACUCUCAAGCUCACCACUCCCUCAUAUGGUGACCUCAACCACCUCGUCUCUGCCACCAUGAGCGGCGUCACCACCUGCCUCAGGUUCCCUGGGCAGCUGAACGCUGACCUGCGCAAGUUGGCCGUCAACAUGGUGCCCUUCCCUCGUCUGCACUUCUUCAUGCCUGGCUUUGCCCCUCUCACCAGCAGGGGGAGCCAGCAGUACCGCUCCCUCACCGUGCCAGAGCUCACCCAGCAGAUGUUCGACGCCAAGAACAUGAUGGCUGCCUGCGACCCACGUCACGGCCGCUACCUCACAGUUGCCGCCAUCUUCCGUGGCCGCAUGUCCAUGAAGGAGGUGGACGAGCAGAUGCUCAACGUCCAGAACAAGAACAGCAGCUACUUUGUAGAGUGGAUCCCCAACAACGUCAAGACCGCCGUCUGCGACAUCCCACCCCGCGGCCUGAAGAUGGCUGCCACCUUCAUCGGCAACAGCACCGCCAUUCAGGAGCUGUUCAAGCGCAUCUCCGAGCAGUUCACAGCCAUGUUCAGGCGCAAGGCUUUCUUGCAUUGGUACACCGGCGAGGGCAUGGAUGAGAUGGAGUUCACAGAGGCCGAGAGCAACAUGAACGACCUGGUGUCCGAGUACCAGCAGUACCAGGAUGCCACGGCCGAGGAGGAGGGAGAGUUCGAGGAGGAAGGAGAGGAGGAGCUUGCUUAAGUCUGCUUGUGUAUAUGUGUAUGUGCCAAGCUGUAAUAUUGUAAUGACCUGCCUGAAAGCCUUUCCAAAGCUCAGUUUUUCCUCGUGUUUCGUCACCUCUGCUGUUCAUUCCUUUUCUGUACAGAAAGAACAAUAAAAGCCCCUUUUUCUAA